UCCUAGCUAGCGUCAUACGUGUAAACUACAGUCGAUAUAAAUACGUCUUUUCCUCGACGUCCAAACGGCGCAAAGAUAAGAUAUGGCGGAGUUUUAACGAGCUAAUCAUGCCGUGUCCGCGCACACCGGAGACGGCCGACCAAACAAGUCUACUUCCUGAGUGGAGGGAAGGGGCUUGGUCCCGUGCCUCCUUACGCCGCCGCACAGCGCAGCCAAAUUAGCAUCGAUGAGGCUCUCGCGAACAUGGCGGAUUUCCUGCCGUCGCGCUCCGUGCUCAAAGUUUGCCUGCCCGUGUGUCUGCUCAACAGCGGCGAGGUGGAGCAGGUCCGCCGCUCCAAGGAGAUCGACCGGCGGCUCUCCCGGGAGAAAACCUACGUGAAGCGCCUAGUGAAGAUCCUGCUGCUCGGCGCGGGCGAGAGCGGCAAGUCGACGUUCCUCAAACAAAUGCGGAUCAUCCACGGCCAGGACUUCGACCAGAGAGCCCGAGAGGACUUCCGAGCCACCAUUUACAGCAACGUUAUCAAAGGCAUUCGUGUGUUGGUGGACGCCCGCGAGAAGCUGCACAUUCCAUGGGGUGACCCGGGCAACCAGCAGCGGGGCGACAAGCUGAUGGCUUUCGACACGCGUUCGUCCAAGAUGGUCCGCGGGCAGCUGGAGACGCCCGUCUUCCUGCAGUACCUGCCCGCCACCAAAGCCCUGUGGGCCGACACCGGCAUCCAGCACGCCUAUGACCGCCGUCGUGAGUUUCAGCUGGGCGAGUCCGUCAAGUAUUUCUUGGAUAAUCUGGAUAAACUUGGCGAGCCGAAUUACCUGCCGAGUCAGCAGGACAUAUUACUGGCCCGAAAGCCCACCAAGGGGAUCCACGAGUACAACUUCGAGUUGAAGAACGUCCCCUUCAAGAUGGUGGACGUGGGCGGCCAGCGGUCCGAGCGGCGACGCUGGUUCGAGUGCUUCGACUCUGUCACCUCCAUCCUCUUCCUCGUAUCCUCCUCCGAGUACGACCAGGUUCUGAUGGAGGACCGUCAGACCAACCGGCUGUGCGAGUCGCUCAACAUCUUCGAGACCAUCGUCAACAACCGCGUCUUCGCCAACGUGUCCAUCAUCCUCUUCCUCAACAAGAUGGACCUGCUGGAAGAGAAGGUGAAGAGCGUGCCUCUCAAGGACUACUUCCCCGACUACAGCGGGCCCGAGCACAGCCUGCCCGACGUGCAGGCCUUCAUGGUAGAGUGCUUCCGGGCCAAGCGACGCGACGCCACCCAGAAGCCGCUCUACCACCACUUCACCACCGCCAUCAACACGGAGAACAUCCGGCUGGUGUUCCGGGACGUCAAGGACACGAUUCUCCACGACAACCUCAAGCAGCUCAUGCUCCAAUGACCCUCUGUGCACGACCUACAAGCGGGACUCGAGAAGAAGAAUCCGGUAGAACUCAUCGGCUGCUUAUACGUUAGUGAGUCGUGGUU